AUGCUUCGCUCAUUCUCGCUUGCAUCUCGCGCGGCUGUGGCUCGCCCCGUCGCGCGCCCCGCUACCGCCGCCAGGGUGGCUCUUGCCGCUCGCCGCGGUUACGCCGUCGCUGCGCCCGCCGUUGGCAACUACAGCCAGCCCGGUGACGGCCCGACGCUCAACUCGCCCUCUGAGAUUGCUCGCCGGAUAUCCGCCCAGGUUCUCCCCAAGAUCGAGAAGCCCGACGUCAAGAAGGUCCUUGUUGUCGGCUCGGGUGGUCUCUCCAUUGGCCAGGCCGGCGAGUUUGACUACUCUGGUUCGCAGGCUAUCAAGGCUCUUCGCGAGUCCAACAUUGACACUGUCCUGAUCAACCCCAACAUUGCGACUAUCCAGACCUCGCACCACCUUGCGUCUGAGAUUUACUUCCUUCCCGUCACUGCCGACUAUGUGGCUUACGUGCUCGAGAAGGAGCGCCCUGACGGUAUCCUGCUCACCUUUGGUGGCCAGUCUGCCCUCAACGUCGGUAUCCAGCUCGACAAGAUGGGUAUCCUUGAGCGUCUCGGUGUCCAGGUCCUUGGUACCCCUAUCCGUACCCUUGAGGUUUCCGAGGACCGUGACCUCUUCGUCCAGGCCCUCAACGAGAUUGACAUUCCUGCCGCCCAGUCGACCGCUGUCUCGACUAUCCAGGGCGCCCUUGACGCUGCCGCCGAGAUUGGUUACCCCAUCAUUCUCCGUUCGGCCUUCUCGCUCGGUGGUCUUGGCUCGGGUUUCGCCCACGACGAGGAGGAGCUCCGCAACCUUGCCGCCAAGUCGCUCUCGCUCUCCCCCCAGGUCCUGAUCGAGAAGUCGCUCAAGGGCUGGAAGGAGGUCGAGUACGAGGUUGUCCGUGACGCUGCCGACAACACCAUCAUUUGCUGCAACAUGGAGAACUUUGACCCCCUCGGCACGCACACUGGUGACUCGAUCGUCGUUGCCCCCUCGCAGACUCUUACCGACGACGAGUACCACAUGCUCCGUACCGCCGCCAUCAAGAUUGUCCGCCACGUCGGUGUUGUUGGCGAGUGCAACGUCCAGUACGCCCUCGACCCCAACUCGCGCGACUACCGUGUCAUUGAGAUGAACGCCCGUCUCUCGCGUUCGUCGGCCCUUGCCUCCAAGGCUACCGGUUACCCCCUGGCUUACACUGCUGCCAAGAUUGCCCUGGGCCACACUCUCCCCGAGCUCCCCAACGCCGUCACCAAGUCGACCACCGCGUGCUUUGAGCCCUCGCUCGACUACAUUGUCACCAAGAUGCCCAAGUGGGACUUGGCCAAGUUCCAGCACGUUGAGCGCACCGUCGGCUCGGCCAUGAAGUCGGUUGGUGAAGUCAUGGCCAUUGGUCGUACCUUUGAGGAGUCGCUCCAGAAGGCUAUCCGCCAGGUUGACCCCAACUUUGUCGGUUUCGAGGCCUACUGGAAGCCCGAGGACAUGGUCACUGCCCUCGCCAACAACAACGACCGUCGUCUGUUUGCCAUUGCCCACGCCAUGCUCAACCUCGACUACACUGUCGACUACCUCCACGACAUCACCAAGAUUGACAAGUGGUUCCUGUACAAGCUCGAGAACAUUGUCGCCGUCUACAAGUCGCUCCAGAACACCCCCUUCGAGUCGAUUGACAAGGAGCUCAUCCUCACCGCCAAGAAGACUGGUUUCUCCGACCUCCACAUCUCGCAGCUUGUCGGCAAGACUGAGGCCGAGGUUCGCGCCGCCCGCAAGGCGUUUGGUGUCACUCCCUUUGUCAAGCGUAUCGACACCCUCGCUGCCGAGUUCCCCGCCUACACCAACUACCUUUACACCACCUACAACGCGUCGACCCACGACGUCGAGUUUGACGAGCACGGAACCAUGGUUCUUGGCUCGGGUGUCUACCGUAUUGGUUCGUCGGUCGAGUUUGACUGGUGUGCCGUUACCUGCUCGCGUGCCAUCCGCGACCUCGGCAAGAAGACCAUCAUGAUCAACUACAACCCCGAGACCGUGUCGACCGACUUUGACGAGGCGGACCGCCUCUACUUUGAGGAGCUCGGCUUUGAGCGUGUCAUGGACAUUUACGAGCUCGAGCAGGCCCAGGGUGUUGUUGUUUCCGUUGGUGGCCAGCUGCCCCAGAACAUUGCCCUCCGCCUCAAGAAGUCGGGUGUCGAUGUCCUCGGCACUGACCCCGAGCAGAUUGACAACGCCGAGGACCGUCACAAGUUCUCGUCGAUCCUCGACUCGAUCGGUGUCGACCAGCCCGCCUGGGUCGAGGCCGACUCGCUCGACAAGGCCAAGGAGUUUGCCAACCGUGUUGGCUACCCCGUCCUCAUCCGUCCUUCGUACGUUCUCUCUGGCGCUGCCAUGAACGUUGUGUGGGACGAGUCGACCCUCGAGCACAACCUCACCAUGGCUACCGACGUUUCGCCCGACCACCCCGUCGUCAUUACCCAGUUCAUCGACAACGCCCAGGAGAUUGACGUCGACGCCGUCGCCCACAAGGGCAAGCUCAUUGUCCACGCCAUCUCGGAGCACGUCGAGAACGCCGGUGUCCACUCGGGUGACGCCACCCUUGUCCUGCCCCCCUUCUCGCUCAACGAGCAGGACAUGGCUCGCCUCAAGACCAUUGCUGAGAAGGUUGCCAAGGCCUGGGAGAUUUCGGGUCCCUUCAACAUGCAGAUCAUCCGCAAGCCCCCCACCGCUGACGAGCUCCCCGAGCUCAAGGUUAUCGAGUGCAACCUGCGUGCCUCGCGUUCGUUCCCCUUCGUGUCCAAGGUCCUUGGCCACAACUUUAUCGACACUGCCUCGGCUGCCAUCAUGGACACCAACGUCCCCGAGCCCAUCGACCUGAUGGCUCAGAAGCGCGACUACGUGGCCAUCAAGGUCCCCCAGUUCUCGUGGACCCGUCUCCCUGGUGCCGACCCUUUCCUCGGUGUCGAGAUGGCCUCGACUGGUGAGGUCGCCUCGUUUGGCAAGGAUAUUCACGACGCCUACUGGGCUGCCCUCCUGUCGGUCAACGGCAUGAAACUCCCGGCCAAGAACUCGGGUAUCCUCCUUGGCGGUGACGUCUCGCGCCCCGAGAUGCUUGAGGUUGCCAAGAACCUGAUCAACCUCGGCUUCCAGCUGUUCACGUACGACGCCCAGGUCGAGAAGCUCAUCAACGACGAGCCCUACCUUGCCAUCAAGAAGAUUCUCGUCCCCGUCAAGGACAAGAAGAAGCUCCGCGAGAUCCUCGAGGAGCACGAGAUCCAGACUGUGAUCAACAUGGCCCGCUCGCGCGCCGCCACCACCCUGGACGAGGACUAUGCCUCGCGCCGUGCCGCCGUCGACUUUGGUAUCCCCCUCAUCAACAACCCCAAGCUCGCGGUCCUCUUCACCGAGACCCUCGAGAAGAAGUUCCUCAAGAGCAACCCCAUGCCCUACGUCGAGGGCUUCAAGCCCACCGAGGUCGGCUCGUGGCGCGACUUUGUCGGCCCCGCUUCCGACUACUAG